AUGCCUCGAAAGUUCAUAACACAAGAUGUUAAGGACCAAAAUCGUGAAAGCCAACGGCGUUCCAGAGCCCGGCGCACCGAAGUGAUGAAUGAUCUAAAGAAGCAGGUGGAAGCCUAUCAGCAGCAAGGUGCAGCGGCGUCUUUAGAGAUGCAAAAAGUAGCUCAAGCAGUCGCGUUUGAGAACCAGCGCUUGAGAAACUUGCUCAACAUGCACGGAGUAUCACAAGACGAUAUCCACCGAUACAUUUCAAUGCCUUCAAUUCCUUCAUCUUUUACACAGGCCAGUCUAUAUGGACCUAGUUCCCUCAGAUGCAGAGCUUGUGGGAGCACAGCUAUUGUGGCAGAAAAACUUCCAGUUUCGAUAUCGGCAAAGAAAUCUUGUGCCAGUUCAAGCAUCUCGCAGGAAGAGGCUAUUCAUCCACAGCCUUCAACUUCCGUGCGAUCCGAGGCUACUCAAAAUCGCCACACAGAUAAGAUUACAAUAGCGGCCGCUCCAACAGCACUCGCUCUGCCGCGACCAAGAUCCAUUAUCUCCCAUGCAUUUGAGGAUAAGAGCGGUCAAAAAGAGCUAAUUAAUAAACACCAGUCUGAAAAUCGCGCAUCUUACGCAGACAAAGACAAAGACAAAAUUCGCGAUGGCGAGAGCGAGACAUCCUUGGACUUUGAGACUCCUCCCUCAACGCCUCAGCGCGACCCUCAUUGUGCAUCUGAGAAGACCGGUCAUAUUGACGCCAUGGAAACGUCUUGCGAUACCGCAGCAUCCAUUCUCGUGGAUCUUCACCACCAUGCAGAUGCUGAACGCGCUCGUGCUGCUCUAGGCUGCAAGGGCCCAAACAGCUGUACUGUCAACAACAUCAAGAUAUUUCAAUUACUGGAAAACUUUUCUUGA